AUGUCACGAGCAGCUGGAACUUUGCAAACAACUUACAAUGCUACUUAUUAUCCACCAUCACUUAUGCCAGGAUAUAAAGGUCAUGUUCCAACUACACAAUUUCAAUAUGGUGAAACAUUUGGUAAUGCAACAGCAAAAUAUUUUCAAGAUUAUCGAAGUGAAGCAUUGAAUUCAUCACAAAGCCUUUAUGCAAGAGGCGGUUAUUUUCCAACUCCAUAUACUCAUCAACCAGAACUUGUUAUGAGUGAUCGUCGUCGUAGUCGUGAUCAAUAUCUUUAUAUACCAAAGUAUGCACUUAACAAUACAAAUGUUGAUCGAACAAAUGAAAUACGAAAAUUUCAUCAACUUUCACAAGAACAUCGAGAUACAUAUAUAGAUCGUAGUGGUACAUUACAUCCAGUUGAACAUUUUACUUUACCUGUACCAAAUGAAAGAAUGUAUGAAGCAAAUUUACCAUAUUCUUCAAUGUUACUUCGUCAUACAUCUGAUAUAAAUAUACCGGUUGAUCGAAAUUUUCCUCCAGUCAAAGACGUAGCUAAACAAUCGGAAUUUCAUUUAUUUCCUUCAACAGGAUCAAACCCAAGUAAUAAUGCAUCGCAACAACAACAAAACGUUGUAAAUGCAUCACCAACUGUCGAUUAUCUUUGUUGA